AAACCUCUCAACUCUAUCCUCCGCUUCUACGACUCUUUGAUUUCAUCUUUACAUUUUAGCAUUUGUUUCUCAAUAUGGCUAACAUGCAAAUUCCAACAUCCCCUCCCUCAACCUCCAACGCAUAGAAACCAAAUCACCGUUCUUAGCAUUGAUGGAGGGGGAAUAAGAGGCAUUAUACCAGGAACUAUCCUUGCCUUUUUAGAGUCUGAGCUUCAGAAGCUGGAUGGUGCAGAGGCAAGACUUGCAGACUACUUUGAUGUGAUUUCAGGGACCAGCACUGGUGGCCUCGUGACUGCUAUGCUAACUGCCCCUAAUGAGCGAAACCGCCCUUUGUUUGCUGCUAAAGACAUUAACAACUUCUACUUAGAGAAUUGCCCUAAAAUCUUUCCCCAAGACGGAUCUCCAUUUGCUUCAGCUGCAAAUCUUGUCAAGACAUUGACUGGACCAAAGUAUGAUGGCAAAUUCUUGCAUAGCAUUGUCAAGGAAAAGUUGGGGGAUACAUGGUUGCGCCAGACUUUGACAAAUAUUGUGAUCCCAACUUUUGACAUCAAGCGCCUCCAGCCAACUAUCUUUUCUAACUAUCAGGUGAAGAAUAACCCAUCAACGGAUGCCCUUUUGUCCGAUAUCUGCAUUGGAACUUCAGCUGCCCCGACUUAUCUUCCGGCCCAUUAUUUUGAAACCAAAGAUCCAUCCGGCAAAGUUAGAGAAUUCAAUCUUAUUGAUGGUGGUGUGGCAGCAAACAAUCCAGUAUUAGUUGCCAUAAGUGAAGUUUCAAAAGCCAUCAAUAGGGAGAGUCCUGGCUCCUUCCGCAUGAACCCAAUGGAAUAUGGUCGAUUUCUAGUCCUGUCGUUGGGCACUGGUACAGCAAAAUCGGAAGGAAAGUAUGAUGCCGAUGAAGCAGCCAAGUGGGGUAUCUUUGGAUGGUUGACUAGUGAUCAUUCUACUCCAUUAGUGGAUGUUUUUACACAAGCUAGUGGUGACAUGGUUGAUUUUCAUAUUUCCACUGUUUUUCAAGCCCUUAACUCUGAAGAAAAUUAUCUUCGAAUUCAGGAUGACACAUUGACUGGAACACUUUCAUCCGUGGAUGUUGCUACAAAAGAGAAUUUGGAAAAUCUUGUAAAAGUGGGUGAGAAAUUACUGGAGAAACCAGUUUCAAGAGUGAAUUUGGCUACUGGAGUCUAUGAACCUAUUAAUAAGAUGACUAAUGAAGAGGCUCUCACAAAGUUGGCUAAAUUACUCUCAAGGGAGAAGCAACUUCGUGAAGUUAGGUCAUCAUUUCUUGGAAAAGCUUCUGCUUCAAAAUUAUGAACAUGGAAAUAAUUAAUGAGGCUAUUCGUUUCAUUUUCUCAAGAAG